UCUGCGUUAACCUAGAUCGCUAUAAUAAGAUCGACUGGGUAUUUAUCAUCCAUAAAUCUCUGGUAUUUGCAGUUUUAUCUGGCUUGCUAUACAUUUUUAACUAACAGUUAACAAAAAAUAAAUAACCUACAUUAACAUGUAAACAAAACAAGCUACCUAAACAAGUUAAUCUCAUCUCGUCAUUACUUGUUAUAGUGCAUGCACAUGUUGUUUAUGGAAAUAUUGUAAAAUGUGCAUUUUAAUUUCCCCUUUCCACCACUAAAAGUAUUAAUCCUAAAUCCAACAAUACUGUAGGUAUGUCAAGGUUGCCCCCAUUCCAGAAAACAGAUACAAAACAACUUUAGGAGAAAAAGCAACUACUUCGCUAAGAUCUACAGUGAUGAGCCAGGAGCCACCUCUCAAACCCACUGUGGAAAAGCAAGCCAUGGCUGUGAAUGUGCCCAAACCCACAACAAAGAAGUCUACCAGAGAAAAACCCAAAUCCAUAAGAGAGACGACUACUGUAGGAGGACCCAAAUUGACAACAAAGAAGUCUACCAGAGAAAAACCCAAACCCAUAACAGAGAGGACUACCAUAGGAAGAUCCAAACCCCAGACAAAGAAGCCUACCACAGAAAAACCACGGCCACAGACAAAGAAGCCCUUGAAGAUCGAGGAUUUUAUACUCUACCCCAAGUGGGACAUAGAGGAGGACUACCACCGGGACCCUUCUGCAAAAAACACAACCUGCCCAGAGUCUAUAAGAUCCAGGUCUGCUGAAAUUGAUUGGUUUAAACAGAUCUUCAUCCCUGACAUCAGCCUCUUCAUGCACAAAGAACACUUUAAUGAUGAGGAGUGGAAGAGGCUGGAACAUUUCAACCCUCCAUAUGGAUGGAUGGGGACUAAUUACACAGAAGUCAAACAGGGAGUGGAACUGGUACCUGGGCUAAAGGAACAGAAAGUCCUGCUCAGCUCCAAGAGGAAUGACAGUUGUAUCCGUUGUGCUGCUGUUGGGAAUGGAGGGAUCUUGAACGGCUCUCGGAAGGGUGCUGAAAUCGACUCGCAUGAUUACAUAUUCCGUGUGAAUGGAGCUGUUAUCAAAGGCUUUGAAGAUGAUGUUGGAGUGAGAACCUCAUUUUAUGUCCACACAGCUCAAACCAUGCUCUCGUCUCUCGGGGGUUAUUGGAAACAAGGUUUUACCAACAUACCCAUGGAUAAGGAAAUAAAAUACAUCUUGGUUACAGAAGGCAUGAGGGAUUACCAAUGGCUAAGAGCAUUAAUGCUGAAUACAGAGGUUUCCAGAGGACCCUAUCUUAAGAAGAGGCCAAGGUCGUAUUAUGGGACGGAUUUCACACCAGAAAAUUAUUUGGUUGCUCACCCUGAUUUUAACAGAUACAUUAAAAACAGGUUCUUGAAAUCAAAAAUUGUUGAAGGAAAACAUUGGGCCAUCUACAGACCGACCACCGGGGCCUUUGCUCUGCUCCUGGCUCUGCACCUCUGUGAUGUUGUCGAUGCCUAUGGAUAUAUCACAGAAGACUAUGCCAAAUAUCCAAACCACUACUAUGACAAGACAAAGACUAAAACAGUGUUUUACGGCAAUCAUGACUAUGGAUUGGAAAUCAAGGAGUGGAAGAAACUGCACGAUGCUAAAAUCAUGAACUUGUAUCAAGGGAGAAAACAACUAUCAGAGUUGGAGGCUACAUAAUGCGUUACUAUAAUAAUAUUACUUUUGUCAAUAACAAGAUAAUAUAAUGGAAGUAAUAAUAUUACAGCUACUUUCCACAAAAAAAGAACCAAGUUUGUCUCAUUACCUUUUCUCUAUUGUACAGCUACAUUAGUGGUCUUUUCUUAGUUAUCCUCGACACACCAGACUGCUCUAAUGUCAGUGUCUCACCACCAAUGAUGCAAUCUCUUCCAGGUUGUCUCACGGCAAUAAUAAGCCGUGGGGAAAUCAAAUUGAGCCUUUCUUUCUGAGCCUAUUUCUCUUUCUGAGAAAUAUACAGAACAUUGUGUUUAUAUUUCAAAAAUAAUAUGCAUUUAUACUACAAAAAAUGUAAAAACCUGUUUGACCAUUUAAUAAAUGAAUUACGAGAUGUGUAGUUGUCAGGAUGUGAGUGCUGUGGGUAAGGAUACACUGCCCACAAAGAAGGUGAUUUUUUACAAGUGUCCUGUUUUAUUUAAGUAACUGUCCCUUCUACCAGCAAUUGUACUGGGGCUCAAACAGUAGGCUUGCAGUCCAAACAAUAAUCAAAUAAUAAACAAUAAACACAGUCCCAGAUGCACGCACAUGUCUUUCUGUACAAGCUGAAUCUAUAACAAUGCGUGCCAAUCAGAAGCAGGUUGAACUAGUUGAAUUUCGGACUCCUAGGAUCUUUUUAGCGUGAAUAUGUUUUUCUUAUUUAAACAAGUACUUAGAAAAAGCAUCAACCUAGAUAUACAUUACUCCACACUUAUCUGUUGUUACAUGUAAGAUUGCACAUUGCUUUCUUUACAUUCAAACUGUGCAAAUAUUUUCCCACAUACUUUUUUCUUUUGUUUUCUUGUACAUGGCUUAGAAUAAUUCCUCCAUAUCCUCAAAACCCACUCAACCAAUGGCAGGUAAAACUGGUAUAUAAGGAUUUCUAAUGUUACCCUACUAACCCACUAUGGAUCAAACCAUAUGUGGGAUUUGGGGGGGCUUUGAAAAGCAAGUUAAAAUCCUUUUACCCAGUGCUAAUUGUUUGCAUUUUAAGUGGUUGAUAUUAUCAAAUUAUUGAAUAACGUAUUACUUCUU